AUGGGCAGCGCGUCCGUCCCAGUACGUCCCCUGCUUCGUCCCGAGCUGACUCCAGUGACGUACCAUGAGCGGUACAGCCUGAUGCGCCAGAACACGGGCUUCCGGCACGUCAUCCUCUGGGUCGUAACGUACCCUUCCGCCUCACUGCCUCCGAGGGCGGAGCUCGAGGCGCGCGUUGAAGCGCUGCAAAGCGCCCAGCCGAUCCUGCACGCCCGCCUGUCUGGGACAGAUACGAACAAGCCCGGUUAUGUUGAGGGCGCGCCUUGGCCCAGGUCCGCGAUUGUGCGUCAAUUCGAAGGCGCCUAUUCUGGCGGAGAACCCGAGGAGUCGCUCCAAGUCUAUCGCGCCGAGAUGGAGCGCUUCUCGUCUGAGCCACUGGACGGACCGAUGUGGUGCGUCGGUUUGUACUCGAAGCCGGGCGCUGAGCGGUCUUAUCUCACGUUGGCAUUCAACCAUCUCGUGAUCGACGGGCGCGGCUCGAGCCUGCUCCUAACCUCUCUGCAGGAUGGCAGUGACAUUCCCGAGGAGACGCUCUUCUCUCCAACGAGAGCAGACGAUACAAUCCCCAUGACGCCGACGCUGCGUUUCCUCGCGCCGAUCGUGUUUCGCGAGCUGCUGUUGCCCAAGUUCCCGCUCUGGGUGCAGGCACCGUUCACGAAGGACGAUCCGUGGCCCGGCCAUGCGGUGGAAAAGGCACCCUUCGACGUGCCUCAGGAUAUCCGCCUAUUGUCCCUUACACCCGAGGAGGUGAAGGAUCUCAAAGUGCACAGCAAGGCGAACGGGGUCAAGACGCUCCACCCCCUCCUCAAGGCCGCGUAUAUGAUCGCGAUCUGGUACGUCCACGCUGGACGGGGAACGACCAAGGUCGCUGCCAAGGUCGAGGGACGGCCUCCACUGCGUCUUGGUGCCGCUACGGCGCGCGACGAGCGAGAUGUAAAGCUAGGGCACAGCGCACUCGCGCACAACUACGUAACGUCGACCGAGGUACACCACGUCCUCAGCGGAGAGCAGCAGUGGUGGCCCUUCGCAGCCCAGCUGUCCGGGGAGCUCUCCUCUGACCAGGGACUGCAAGACGGGCGCAUGACGAUAAGUCUCCUCGGCCACGUCCAGGACCCGGACAUCCCGGCUUCGAAACGCGACCCCGCCCUGCCCACAGGAUGGGAACAGUACUUCCACGCCCGCGCCGCUUCACCGACACCGUACCGCGAGUCUCUCACUGUCAGCAACCUCGGCCUCGUCAAGCUUCCCCCGGGCGCGAGCGACAUGAUCUGGGGCCAGACCGCGAGCCCCUACGGUGCGCCGUACUAUGCUAACAUUGUCGGACACGAGGGCGGCAUCAGGAUCACGUCGACGUAUCGCGAGGGAAGCGUUACGGACACGGCGCACAUGGAGGAGGUGCAUGAGGUCAUGCGCAGGAUCCUGAACCGAGUCGCGAAGGGAGAAGCGAAGAUGACGCUCGAGGAGAUCGCUGCCUAG